AUGUCUUCUUCGCAGCGACCCGUCAUUCAGCCCAUCCCACCCUUCAAGGGUGGACCGCUUCAGGCAACAGACGUGCAGAACCGCAGACCAACAGCAGCCGAAGCGUAUGUCGCCCUCGCCAACCGUAAAGCUGGCGCAAACGUCGUGUCCACCAGAGCCACAGGUUCAGAAAACUAUCGACCAUCCCAGCACCAGGCCACCAGCCAUCACGCCUCACAACGACAGCAACCCGUACCAGCUGUAGACCGCAGACCACCACAGCCGCAGCAGGCUCCUUCGGAGCGUUCCAAGCCAGCAUCUCGUCUCGAGAGGGAAAAGAAGCGCCAUCACAACGAUCCCAAAAACAUCGGCCACUGGAGGCUCGACAAGCUCAUCGGCCAGGGUGCUUCCGGUCGUGUCCGUCUUGCCGUGCACGAUCAAACCGGCCAGAAAGCUGCUGUCAAGAUCAUCCCCAGAACCCUUAUCAACGCGAGUCGCAUGAGCUUGCGUGAUGCUGAUGUCAAAGCCAACAAGAUGAUCCUCGGCAUCGAAAGGGAGAUCGUCAUCAUGAAGCUCAUCGAACACCCGAACCUGCUCGGACUUUGGGAUGUGUACGAGACGUCGAAGGAUCUCUUCCUCAUCAUGGAGUACGUCGCCGGCGGUGAGCUCUUCGAUCACCUCGUCGCCCAAGGAAAGCUCACGCCUCGAGAUGCUCGUGGCUACUUCCGUCAGAUCAUCUUCGGCAUGGACUACUGCCACCGCUUCAACAUCUGCCACCGUGAUCUCAAACCCGAAAACUUGCUCCUCGACGAGACUAAAAAGAUUGUCAAGGUCGCCGACUUUGGCAUGGCCGCCCUCCAACCCACUGAAAAGAUGCUCGAGACCAGUUGCGGCUCUCCCCACUAUGCCAGUCCCGAGAUUGUCAGCGGGAAACGAUACAAGGGCACUGCCAGCGACAUUUGGAGUUGCGGUAUCAUCCUCUUCGCCCUCCUCUGCGGCCGCCUGCCCUUUGAUGAUCCCAACAUCCAGCAGCUGCUCGGCAAGGUGCGCGCAGGCAAGUUCAUGAUGCCCGAGUGGCUCGAGCCUGCCUCCAAGGACCUCAUCUGGAGGAUGCUCGAGGUGGACCCCGAGAGGCGCAUCAAGAUGGCCGACAUCAUGCGCCACCCUUGGUUCACCAACAACGGAAAGGAGUCGUCGCUCAACCCCGUCUCUACAUCGCUUGAAACCUUGCAGAUGGAGCACCUCACACUCGAGACCAUCGACAUUGAUAUUCUCGGCAACCUCAAGACGCUCUGGUUUGAGCUCACCGAGGAAGACAUCAUCAAGGAGCUUCUCGCUCCCGGUCCGAGCUGGCAAAAGACGUUCUACACGCUGCUAGUUGCACAUCGUGAGAACCACUCGGCAGACGACGAAGACGACAUGGACGACGAGUUUAUGAAUGAGCAGAUCGUCACUGCCAGUGCUGUCCCUGCACAUGCGCUCUUGUCGGCCACUAGCACGGCCAAGGCGCUCGAAAAGGCUCGGCCUCGUCGAACCAGUGAUGUUCCUGGUGGAACCUCAGCGCCGUCAUCGCCACGACUCGAAAGCGUUGAGAUGGAUCGCAGACACAGCACUCCAGAGAAAGGCUCGGCAUAUCACACCACGCCGGCUCGUCACACCGAAGUCACCCCCAGCAAAGUCUCGCCUCAAGUGCGUCCUGCCAACCCUUCACCACGCUUGCAACCGUCGCCGUUUGACUCUCCUGCCGCCCGUAGCGCUUCUCCCUCGAAGCUGAGGGCGCCGAUUCCAGCUCAGACGUCUGCAACCAGCUCGAGUCCUCGCGGCGGAGACAAAACCGGAACCUAUGUGCUGCCUCAGAUCUCGCUCCAGACUGCUUCGCCGCAGCGCAACGAGCGACCCCCGGUCGACUUGCAGCGCCGCAACACUUCGCCCACCAAGGGCACCACCACUGCUGCCGCGGCGCCGCCUUCGGCUCGCGUUGCGCUUGCCAACCUGUACGACGCACCGAUGUCGGCACACGCAGCUACGGCUUCGUCUUCGUCGACCUCGUCUACGUCGUCAUCUGCUUCGGUUGUUGCUGCGCGAACACGCGCCAACCGUGGUUCAGGGUCCGAGAUGAUGCCGCCCCUUGCGCUUCCCGGACGCGCCUCGUCUCGUCCCGUGUCGCCGACCAAGACGACUUUUGGCGCAACGGCUACUCAACCACCGCAGCCAGCUCAGCCUGCAUUGCAGAGGCCAUCGACUGCCCGGGCACACACAACCCACGCUGCACCUUCGAUCCAGGUACCACAGGUGGGCGAUGCUACCAUGCAAAAGUUCUUCCAGGAGAUUGCAGACGAGCUCGCAUCCAUCCGUGCCACUGGUGAGAGGCCCGAUGCGCUUCAAUCUAAGAUCGAGCAGCUCAAGAACUCGAUGGCCUUGCAACAGCAGCAGCAGCCCAUGUCGGCGGUAGCGUCGUCCUCUGCGCCCGUUCGCGGUAAAAACUCGGAGAUGAACCAGUUUGAAGAUGCCGAGGACGACGUGAGCGAGGGCGAGAGCAUGCGAUCCGUAUCGCAAGCUUCUUCGCACCAACAGACGUACACUCCAUCGACGCCCAUGACCCCCCUGAGCCCUGCGGAGCUCAUUGCACCUCUUUCGUUGACGGACAAGUCGGGGGCAAGCACCAGGUCGAGCGUUGCCAGCUCCAACGCCAGCGCGAGGAACUCGAUCCGAAGCGCCCGAUCCGCCAACGAGGCAAGCAGCUCCGGCGCCACGUCGCGACCCACGAGCGUGUUUAGCAACAUCAGCACGGGCAGCACGGGUCUGGGUAGGAAGCGAUCAUUGCUGGGGUUGCGGCGCGGUGACAAGAACCAAGCGCAUCAGACGGCGGCGGAUGCCAACACGAUCCGAUCGAUCGCGUACGACCAGACGCACGCCCCACCUGCGCUUGCCAGCAUCUUUGCUGGUGCGCCUGCUGCCGCUGGGCGAUCUGCACACGGCGGAGCGACGGCCGCGUCGACCCGCGUGCAGAAGCUCAAUCCUGGACUGGGACUAGGUCUCGGAGGCGAGGCUAGUGCGGACAUGUAUUCGCCGCCGACUACGCCCGUGUCCCCGCACGUCGCGACACUGACUCCCGUUGCGCAAAGCAGCAACGCACCUGGCAAGAAGGACAGCUGGUUCGCCGGGUUGUUCAACUGGAAGCCCGCUACGUUUACGCUCAUGUCAACGGAAAACUUCUCCGAGACGCUGAGCGAGUGCGUGCGUCGGUUGCAGAGCUACGGCGUGCGCGUGGCCAUGGACGAGUCUUCGGACGUGCAUCACACGACACUCAAGUGCACCAUCAAUGAGUACCGCGAGUCGAACGGCAUCACGACGGCAGCCAAGCCGUUGCGAUUCCGUGUGGAACUCAACAUCCUGCCUGUGGGAUCGGCGGCCAACUCGCCGCAAGUUGGCGGUGGAUUGGGCUUGUCCUUGCACGGUGCUCCGAUGGGCGGCGGUGGAAGCGUGAUGAGCCACGGCCUGCCUUCGCCUGCUCUGAGCACGUAUUCACGAGGCAGCAGCGCCGGUGGCGUAACGUUUGCCACUUCAGUACUGGUGGUGCAGGAGAAGGGCGCGCUGAGCACGUUCAAGCUGAUCCAUGGUCGUUUGCGACGCGAAUGGACGCUCGACCUUGCUUCUGCCGUCAUCUAA